GCCCCGCCCCCGCCCCGCCCCCACGGCGUCGGCCUCCGCGUCUCUAUGGAAACGGCGCCCACUUCGGCGCCGCGGGGACCACGAUGGCGGCCGGGGAGCCGGGCGAUUUGGGCGGCUACUGCUUCAGAUUUCUGCCCCAGAAAACCUUCGCGUCUCUGAGCACGCAGGAGACCCCCAGCCGGCUCCGCCAGUGGUCCAUGCUGGGCAGAGUCGCGGCCCAGGCGUUCGGGUUUGACCAGGUGUUCCGGGCCUACCGGAAGGACGACUUCGUCAUGGCUUUUUUCAAAGACCCAAAUGUUAUUCCCAAUUUGAAGUUACUUUCAGAUUCUGGACAGUGGAUUACAUUAGGAACUGAGGUGAAAAAAAUUGAAGCCAUAAAUGUUCCUUGCACACAGCUUUCAAUGUCAUUUUUUAAACGGUUAUACAGUGAAGACAUUGUACGAGACAGUGGACAUAUUGUUAAAUGUCUCGAUUCUUUUUGUGAUCCCUUUCAUAUUUCUGAUGAGUUACGAAAGGUUUUGCUAGUGGAAGACUCAGAAAAAUAUGAAAUAUUCAGCCAACCAGAUAGAGAAGAGUUCCUGUUUUGUCUUUUCAAACAUCUUUGCCUUGGUGGAGCCCUUUGUCAAUAUGAGGAUAUGAUUAAUCCAUAUCUGGAAACAACAAAGCUUAUCUAUAAGGAUCUAGUAAGUGUUCGAAAGCAUCCUCAAACCAAGGAAAUACAAAUUACCUCUUUCAUCUUUAAAGUUACAGCAUAUGAUUCUGAUGGUGUGUGCUACCCUUCAAGAAAAAGUCACGAACAGACAUUUUCUUACUUUAUUGUGGAUCCUAUCAUACGUCAUGUUCAUGUUUUAUACCACUGUUAUGGCGUGGGAGAAAUGUCUUAGCAGUAUUCUUUCAGAUAAUCUAUAUUUACUACAUUUUUAUUUACCAAUUUUUAUUUUAGUACUUAUUUAUAGAUAAGCAAUUACUUUGCAAGGUAAUUAAAGUAAAAUGUAAAGAACCCACUUAGAGCAGAAGCAAAUGCCAAGAUGCUUUCCUUUUUUUUAAUAUGUUUAUAUUGAUUUUGGAGAGAGAAAGGGAAAGGGGGAAAUAGAAACAGUGGCUGCCUCCUGCACAUCCCCUACUGGGGAUUGAGCUGCAAUCUGGGCAUGUGCCCUGACCAGGAAUCAAAUUGGCAACCUCUCUGUGCAUGGGACAAUGCGCAACCAACAUGCUUUUCUUUAAAUUUGUCUUUUAAAAAGCUAACAUAGGAAAUAGACUCUAUCCCUAACAUAGUCUAUACCAAUGCAUUUGGGAAAUUUUUAUAGAAGUUACAAAGAACUAAAACUCUAGUUAAUAUUUGUUGCAUUCGAAUUCAAGUGAGUCCUUAAUUUUCCAUGUAUUUUAUUUUAGGAGCUAAUUAAUUCCUGAUUGAAAUUGUGGAAGAAACUUAAACAUCUUUACUAUGUAUCAUUAAUAUGAAUUAUUAGCUUUUUAAAUUUGAAUUUUAUUUAAUUAUACUUCUACAUUGUAUAAAGAUUUAUAUCUCAAGGGCUGUGAAAAAUAUAACAGUUCUUUGCUUCAUUUGUCCCACUUAAAAUCCUCAAUUAAAAAAGAAUGUUCUGAAAGUAAUUGUAAACUCUCUUAGCACAUAAUAAUUAAAAUUGCAGCUGCCCACUGUUAGUACAAGAUCUGCAUGGAAACAUAGAGAGUUGCCCUGAUGGUAUUAUUAAGUUGGCAAAAGAAUAAAGAACAGGUCUCUUAGUACUGUUUCCUCAUUACAUUCAUAACAUGAAUAUCUAACUUAGAUGUUUUUUAAUGGAAAAAGUAAUUGACAAGAAAUGUUGAGACUUUAAGGAGAGGCAAAUUUGGAAUAUUUGUUUCUAUGUUGUAGGGAUAAGGAUGAUAAUCUUGGAUUUGAACUUGUGGAUAUACCUGGAAGGCAACUGGCAAGCUGGGUAUAGAGGUCAGGAAAGAGAAUUUAGCUUUUAAUACCUAGCACAAUGGCUUGGCACGUUAAUAAUUUAUUGAGUGAGUAUUUUUCAGAUAUGUUCAAAAUAUCCAUAGAUUUUUUUUAAAAAAUCAUAUAAAAGACAUAAAAUCAAGAACUAAAAUGCCUACUUGCUGCCAGUCUGGCUUGCCUGCCACACAGGCCCCCUACAAUCUGGGGACCCUCUCUUUAUCAAUCAGUUAGUCAAUCAGUCAUUUUUGAGUACCACUUUCAUGCAAGGCACUGUGCUAUUUACUUUGGGGAAAUAGACACUUUCUAUAAACUUUGUAGAGAAGGUCAUCUGUAAGAGUAUGUCUAUGAACAGUGAUUGUUACAUGAAUUCAGAGAUGGAAGAGACCACUAUGAACUCGGCCUGGGAAGGGCUUGGUCUGGCUUCUACAGAAGAAUGGAUGGGGUUCCAGCACCUGGCAAGGAGAGCAGGCCAGCCGAGUAGAGGAGCAUGCUGUGGCAGAGUGCCCUGAGCCUCGCUCUGGGAUGAAAGUUUGGAGGCAGAAGAUGGGGACUGAUGCGGAGGAGCUGCCGAUAUUCUCUCUGCUUUAAAGGUGGAGGUGAAUACACCUUUGAAGGAAGAUCAAUCCAUUUUUUUUGGAAAAUCAU